UAUUGCGAUUGGUCGAACACUACGAGUUUCUUGAUCUCGAAACUCGUGCCGUUGCCCGCUCGUCGGCAUGCCUGCCGCAAAGGAGGCGAACCGUCACACAAAAGCAAGAUGGAGGAUCUCACAGUCGAAGUAUGCGGCGAAAACGGAGCAUAUUAUAAGGCCUUUGUCACUGAUGUCUUUGACGACGAGGUUCUGGUAACUUUCGAAAAUGACUGGCAACCUGAAUCGAAAUUCCCAUUUGCUCAAGUACGACUACCACCAAAAGAUGGUGUCAAAGCAGAAUUUCAAGAGAACCAAGAGAUUGAGGUAUUUUCUCGAUCUAAUGAGCAAGAAGCAUGGGGAUGGUGGAAAGCGAUCAUUAAGAUGAUCAAAGGAGGUUUUCUAGUAGUAGAAUAUUUGGGGUGGGAUUAUACUUAUACAGAAAUAAUAAGUAAUGAGCGGCUUAGAGUAAAAAAUGUCAAUCCCCCUAUUGACAAAAAUACGUUUCACAAGAUCGAAAUUGAAGUACCUGAAGAUCUGAGAGAGUAUGCUAAGAUGGACAAUGCACAUAAGGAAUUUCAAAAAGCAAUCGGGGCAGCAGUGUGCCGAUAUGUGCCUGAACGAGGAGUACUGCUGGCCAUCUCCCGUCAUGAAAAUAUACAUCGUCACAGUACCAUGCUCCAAGAAAUGCAUUUUCGUAAUUUAUCACAGAAGGUUUUGCUGUUAAAAAGAACAGAAGAAGCUGCUCGUCAACUUGAAUCUACUAAACUUCAGACGAUCGGGGGCAAGUUUAGAUCUUCAAACUUUAUAUAUCAGCGUGUCUCAGACUUUGAGGCAGGAGUGAGAACAAAUUCAAGAUACACAGAUGAAUUUAAUGUUCGAGAAGACCUCAUGGGACUAGCAAUUGGUGCACAUGGAGCAAAUAUACAACAAGCAAGAAAAGUAGAUGGAAUAACAAAUAUAGAACUGGAAGAAAAUUCUUGCACAUUUAAAAUAUAUGGAGAGACACAUGAAGCUGUCAAAAAAGCUCGUUCAAUGUUGGAAUAUAGUGAAGAGUCCAUUCAAGUACCACGCGUUUUGGUAGGAAAAGUAAUUGGAAAAAAUGGUCGCAUUAUUCAAGAAAUUGUGGACAAGAGCGGUGUAAUAACAACUGGCUCGAGUGGGAAUACUCACACUGAUAGAGUACGAGUGAAAAUAGAAGGAGACAACGAACCGCAACCGACGAUCCCGCGAGAAGAAGGCCAAGUACCCUUUGUCUUUGUCGGUACUGUUGAAAGUAUUGCAAAUGCCAAACUUUUGUUGGAGUAUCAUUUGGCACAUUUAAAGGAAGUUGAACAGCUCAGGCAAGAAAAAUUAGAAAUUGAUCAACAAUUAAGAAGCAUGCAUGGAUCAACGACAGGACCAAUGCCUAGCUUUCCACCGACAAGGCGAGGAAUGGUCACCGGGCCCGAAGAGGGUGGUGGUGGUCGUGGUGGACGAGGCGGUCAGUCUAGAGGACGGGGAAGGGGUAGGGCCCCUGCCAGACAUAAUGCCGGAUUACGUCGUGACACUUUAGACGGUAAUGAAGAUCGUGUUCGAGACCUUCCACCAAGAGGUGGUCAUCAAGGUGGUGCAGGAAAUUCAGGGUAUAUGGGGGCUAGACAAGGUCGUCCACCGGUUCAACGUAGAGAUCGUAGAGACGAACGUCGUCGAACGACGGACGACGAAGACACUGUUCUUGAUAGUCAAGACGUUUCGAGCAUUGAUAGAGACUCGGUGUCGAGCGUGGAGGGAGGCGCUAAAGUGAUCAGACGAAGACGGGUACGACGUUCUCGACAGAGAAGUUAUACACCAACUAAUAGCGAGAAAGGCAGUAAUGCCGGACCGGGCGACCAAUCAACAAUAACUAAUAAAGAAGGGACGCCUGCAAAUGACGUAUCUGUGUCGAACAACAGUUCUCAAGGUUCAAAGGGUCAACGAGAACCACGAAAUCGUCCUCCUCGAAUGCAGCAGAGCAACAAGCCUAAGGAAGCUCUGGUGAAUGGUACCAGUGGCUAAAAAACCAUUUAUGGUUCACCAUAACAGCUGCUACUUACGUAUAACACUACACCUGAUGAUGAGCUAUUAACACCCAGCACGUAACAUGACGUAUACCUACGCAAGGACUUCACGAUUAUGGAUCGCGACAUGAUUAGUCUACGCUCGUUGUUAAGACUGUUUGCUACCGAUAAGAAUAUGACAGUUGUUUAAGAAAUCGUCAUUCUCCUUAAACACAUUUAAGGACACAUAUUAAUAUCCAUGCAUGGUUUAGUUUAAUGAUAGUAAUUAUGCUAUCAUGUUUGAUAUACGGAUACAUUCAUUGGGAGGUAGUAGCAGCACAAUUUGGUCAAAAGGGUUCCCUGAUUGUGAAACUGUGCCUCAUUUUUAUACCGAGCUCCUAACUUACGUGACAGUGCUUUGGAUGUACUUUUUAAAGUACCCCCAUAGUCACUCGUUAAUGUUUAACGAUCCAAUAAUAGGCUGGAUAUUCGCGGCUCGUACGUCAAUUACCAAUUUGAUUGAAUUUCAUCUGGAUAUGCCGUUAAGCUUUUUACGAAUGCAUCACAAAUAAUUAACAUUAUUUUCUUAUCUUUUAUUAUAGUUUAUAUUCUAUUAUAUAUCAUAAUCGUCAUCUUAAGUCGUUAAUUGAAGCAUUUAAAUUGAUAAGAUAAAUGAUAAAUAAUUAUCUUCGGAUUAUUAAUUAUUUGGUUGCAUUCUUAAAUGAUACCGAUUAAACAAGAAGAGAAAAAUUCUUUUUGCUGGAUAAUGUUUUACAGUUUAAGAGGACAAAUAAAAUGAAUAAUAAGAAAUGAGAUAUUGAUGAUUUUGUUGUGUCGUUUGAAUAUGUUAUAUUUUUAUACGUAAAAGACUAAUGCUAAAACGAUCAGAAUGAAUUAAAUGAUUCAUGAGAACGUAAUAUUUAAACUAUUCGUUCAAAAUGUUCAUUUUAAAGUUACGCGUCUUCAUGGUAGUUAAUUGUAACGAGUUUGUAAUCUAUUUUAUAUUUACAGAAUUAAAUUCACGUGUGAAUAAUUUAAAUAUUACAUGUUAUUUUUCUUAAUGUCGAAGGUAUAAAAAAAAAAAAAAACAAAAAAAAAGCAAAAAAAAACAAAAAAAAUAGACAAGUAUAUCGAUUCAACGAAAAUUAAUGAAUAAUAAAUAAAAGUGUAAAAUUGUUGAUCAUAUAGUAAUUAAGAAAUAUUUUCAUAUUAUAUACACAGUCUGCUGAGAAUAUUCUUUUGAACUGUAAAACUGCCAUGAAAAAAAAAAAAAAAAAGAGAAAAAAAAAUCUUUGUUGUCCUUUAUCUACUUGAGUAGAUAAAAAAUGACUUAUUGAUUUUAAUGAUUACCGAUCCUUUAAUGAAAAUUAACGAUGAAUUUGUAUAAUCACAUUGCUUAGCGUCAUAACUCCGAUGAAAUUUAAUGAGAUACUAGGAAAGUGAAUUCCAUUGUUAAAUUUACGAUGGUGGGCGGCAGCUGUAAGAAAUCCUGGUUCAAAGGUGUUCCCAAUGAUGUUCCUUCUAUUUACUUCACAAGAUUUGAGUUUUUUUUUUUUUUUUCUUGGUUUACGGUUAUUAGUAGAGUUGUUAACGACACUAGAUUUUUAUGUUUCAAUACUGAGUGUUGAUUAAUAAUACCACAAUGAAUGCUAAAAUGACUUCUUUGAUUAUGGGAAAACACAAACAGGUGUGCACAAGGAAUUAGACUUUAUUUCUGAGUACACUUCUUACGUGAUUUAGCUUUUUUUUUACUACAGUAUAAGCAUACUAUAUCAAGUAUUAGAAUUUGAUACGAAGUUCAUUUCUGCAUUGUUUCGCAUGAUUUAAAAAGAAAGUAAACGUAUACUUAGUAAUACCAAUGUAUGAUGUGCCAGAGAAGGAAUGAUACAUGUUUUAUGAUAUCUAGCUGAAGUGCAGACUUAGCGCAUACCUUUAUUACUAUAAUACUACUUAGUCGAAAUGUGGAUGUCUGAAAAAAAUAAACUAGCUUUACUAUACUAAGCUAUAAAAUAGAUAUGAUCAACUGUUUUAAAUUGAUUAUCAGUGAUAUUCAAGAUUCAGUUAUCAAUUUAAAACAGCUAUCUCUUCUUCCGGAUAUGACAACAACUAAUCGGACGUGUCUCAUGGAUUUUGCAAAAACGCAUGGCGGUUGAUGCAACACAUUGACACCUAACAAAACAGCUGCCAUAUAAUCUGAAUAUUUUUAUGGUAGCCAAAAACUGAGAUAUCCCCCAACUUGCUUGUUUCAGAUACAUUUGUAUUGAUUGCAAUUUGUGCAUAAUUUAAGAAUAAAACAUUUCUGUACAUAGA